UGUUGAAACGGCUGGUCACUUUUUUUUAACUGAGAUCACAAACGUUUUGAAAGGAGAAUCAUUGCCGCCGCAACAAUGGACAGACAUCCUAAAAGAAGAGCGCAGAUGUCAUUCAGGAAAAACGAAGGGAAAAAUGAGGAAAGUGAACCAAAGACUAGCAAGAGAGUUGGUGGCGAAGGUGUGAGGAGACCAGGUAGGCCACCAAAAGUGUCAUUGGCCAACAUUGAUCAGUCGGAAGUCAAGAGCAGCGAAGAGAAACAGCGGGUCAAAAACGCCAGCGUUAUCGUUAACGUUAAAUGCAGCGGGGACUCGAAAAAACGCAAUGUUCCAGUGAUUUUUAAAGCAGGCUCCAGUCAUGACAGCAUUGUGCCAGUAACUACUUCCACCUCUCAAGAAGCUGAAGACCAGGUCACCUCAUUUUUAACUGAGGAAAAUGAGGUUGUUAACGCUAGCCAAAACGUUUUAUUUCUGACCCCUGUUUUCACAAACUCACCUGUUGAAGUGCAGUCCGUCCAGGCUAAUGAAGAAAGCAAUGCUAAUGCUAUCUACAAUGACCCUGAUACACCUAGAAUUACAGAGGUGUUCUCCAUCCCAACUCACCUUGUGGGGCAGGAUGAAGCACAAGUGUCUGAGGAUGGGUCAACGCAAAUUUUCCGAAGUAAUGAUUUCCAGCUACAAUACACUUUUGAAGGGGCCGAGCCGAUUACACUUAGCAGGGUUCCGUUCCCCCCUCCUCCCAUGGGUUUGCCAACUGAGUCCUCUGUGAGGGUAGAUACCAGUGGAGUAAAUCUCACACAAUCUCCAUCAACAGCAGAUGACCCAGAAAUACCAUUGUGUAAAGACCGCAAUGGCUACAUCAAGAGACCAAUGAACGCCUUUAUGGUGUGGGCCAGAAUCCACCGUCAAGCUCUCUCCAAGGCCAAUCCCAUGGCCAACAAUGCAGACAUUAGUGUGCAGCUGGGACUUGAGUGGAGUAGACUGACUGAAGAGCAGAAAUUGCCCUACUAUGAGGAGGCACGCAAACUUAAAAAUAAACAUCGACAGGAGUUUCCAGGUUGGGUCUAUCAGCCAAGACCAGGGAAAAGAAAAGGUGGUGCUGCUGGGGACGAGGCUCCUUCGACAUGGACAUAUCCACUCCCGACCGACACCUCGCCACCUCCAAUCCCCCACUGUUCUUCAACCUACACCUUGGCGCGACAGCCCUCUACACGUGGUAGAAAUGCCUCUGGACAGUAUGUGUAUAGAAAUGCAGGGAGACCCCGACUCCCACCUGUCCACAUGAUCAGAGGUCCAGUCCAGAUACCUGGUGGGCAACCCAUAUUUCUCCAGCCGCCUCCUCCCCGACCCAUAGUACAUCUUGCAUGUGGAGAUGUGGCCCACAGGCCCUACUACAUGAAGCCCAGUGUCCAGUCAGAACAUGGCCAGCUUAUGAAGCCGCAGAGAGAGGUUACUCCUGCCAAUGUGAUGCACUUUCCGAAAGGCUUUCAGCUGCACACAUCGAGUCUCGGACACCAGCAAGUGUACCCAUCGACAUCUGGGCAGCACCCUACAAACACUGUCCCUAUUCAACGCUUCUCUUUCCCUUCUCCCGUCUAUGUUCCGGGGACCCAGUUCUAUCCACCUUGCACAUACCCUAAUACCCAAGGUGCCUACGCCUAUCCGAACUUGACCCACUCUGUGUCGGACGUCAGAAGCUUCUAUGAGGAGCAGUGCCAGAAGCACGAGGCCAUGUUCGCCACUCUGUCCCGCGAGUUCAUGCUGCGUGACGCGGGGGAGGGAAGUAGUCAGAGCUAUGCCACAUCGGGCCCCUCCAGCUCCAUGGUGAUGGUCUCGGCCCCAUCCAUGACCUUGCCCUCAUCAUCGGAGGUGGUCUACACCCAGGCUGCACAAGAUGAUCCCUCUCGCCUGCAGACCGUCAGCGAGGAUGGGGAGGAGAUCAGAGUCAUGAGGAUCCUGUAGGGCCUUCUCAUCAUCUGACUCACUCUUGUUGUGCUCAUCACUCUUUCAACAUGCAAUCCUACAAUUGAAUGUUUCUGUUCAGUUCAUAAUCCAUUAAUUGCUCAAUUAUUUUUAAGCAUGGUAGCCUGUUUUGUUAGUGUGUGUGUGUGUGUGUGUGUGUGUGUGUGUGUGUGUGUGUGUGUGUGUGUGUGUGUGUGUGUGUGUGUUCCAUAUGUUGGUUUGUUACGGAAAUAUUUGCAUUAAAUUUCAAAUUAUUUGUAACUUGUAACUGUAAUAAUUGAAAUCAUUUAGGACUGCCCUGCCAAUACUCUCAGCAUAACUGAACAGUUGAUUUGGAUUUAUGACUGUGUAUAAAAGUGAAUGUCUUAGUAUAGUUACUUAGCAAGCAGAAUGAAUUUCUCCUAGUUGUUAUUUAACUUCUUUUUCUUGGA